AUGCACAAAACAGAUAAGCUCACAGUGACACCUUUGGCCAAGACUGCCUUCGGAGCUUCCGUGGAGCUACCAGAUUACGCCAACAACGAUCCCGCCAACCUCAACGACGACGACUUCGAGCAACUUUUCAAUGCUGUUCACGAAAACUUGGUAGUGGUCAUUCCCGGCCAGGCUGAGCUUCCACCCAAGUCUCAGUACUUGCUAACCAAGCGUUUUGACCCUACUUUGCCCGAACCAAAGGAUGUAGCCGGUGCCUCUUACGGCCACGGCAAGGAAUUCAGACAUAGUCAGUCUGUCUUAAGAAAAGACGGUACUUCUGUCAAGUCGCAGCCCCAAGUUCAAAUUUUGGGCCAGGGUGUUUUUGAAGCCGGCGAGCCAGGUAAUGACAACGACGAAACGAUCAAGUUGACGCAUCCUUCACAUACCACUUUCCACCAUACCCCCUUGACCGAGGAUGAGAUCAAGAACGAACACAAAACCCGCUUCUACAGAUGGCACAUCGACUCGGCGCUCUACGACUUGUCGCCUCCGGUUGUUACCACCCUUUUAGGAAUCAAGGUUCCACCGGCUACGCAGACUCAAACCAUUGACUAUGCUGAUGGUUCAGGCGACGUUUUGGAGUUGACUCAGGGAGCCACUUGCUUUGUCAGUGGAGCUCGUGCCUUUAAGAACUUGAGCGAAGAAGAUAAGCAAUUUGCUUUAAAUACCACUGUAGAAUACGCUCCUCACCCGUACAUCUUUAUUUCGCCAGCUGGUGCCACUUCCGAUGGCUUAACGAUGGUUUCUGAAGGAAAGGAAUUUGCCUUCGACAAGUUACCAGAAUGGGAAGAGUCUAAGAUCAAGAAGUUGCCCAUGGUCUGGACCAAUCCAGUCACCAAGGAACCCCAUUUGCAAUUACACGGUUGCUGUUUGUACAAGAUGCACACCAAGAAGGAAGACGGUAGUGUAGAAACUAUUGAUUUGGUUGAGGCCCGUGAAAAGGCUCAUAAGUUGAUGAGACCUUCUAUUGCACCCAGUGAAGUUUUGGCACAUUCUUGGAAACAGGGUGACCUUGUCAUCUUCUUUAACAGAGGAGUGUGGCACUCUGUGACUGGUGAAUUUAAGGGUGUUGGAGCUGAAGGUAAGGACGAAAGAAGAUUGAUGCACCAAUGCAACAUUGCAAGUAGCAAUGAUCCUAUCUGCGUGAGAUAA